AUGGAGGCCAUUGGCGGUGGGAUUUUGAGGGGAGGGGAAAGCAAGGGAAUGGGCGGAGAGAGAAGCGCGGGGAUGGGCGGCGGCGACGGCGGGCGGAGGCGGAUCGGGGUUGGUGGCGCGGAGGGGAUGAGCGCAGCGCGGCAGCGGCGGCUGGAGAAGUCGCGGGAGGCGCGUGAGCAGCGGAAGGAGUCCGCGGAGGAGGAGUUUCAGCAGUGGGCGAGCCAAGUAGCUGCACAGGACCCCGAGCUGAUGGAGCUGUUUGGAGAUGCCAUGCUGGACCCGCAGCAGAUGCAGGAGAAGAUGGAGGAGCGGAUCCGCUCAAAGCAGGCAGAGCUGCUGGCGGAGAAGCGAGGCAGCGGGGCCACCAUGCAGGUGGCCAUUAAAGAGAUCGACCCAUUUGACAUGUAUAUCUGGUUCGAGCUUCACAAGACACCUUCAGAAGACGAUAUGAAUACACUCGGCAGUGUCAUCAGAGCAUGGUACGUGGUGGGCAAGCUGGGAGGCUACAACUCCGCCAACCUACAGCUAAUGCAGGGAGACGAAUCCUCAAAGUACAAGUACGAUGUGGGCACAGCAGCGUCCGCCCUGCCUGCCUUGAUGCACAACGUUGGGGACCUCGAGUUUCAAGACAACCUGGGACGGAUAUGGCUAGACAUGGGAACAGCAGACAUGAUGGCAGUUGAUAUUCUCCUCAACUCCCUCAAUGCCGUUAGCUCCGA